UAAAUUCAAACAAUCUUCCAACUUCGUGUGCUCAUUUGAGCUGAUCUUAGUUAUUUCACCCAUUGAUGGGCCAUUGCAAUCAGCUGAAGAAUUUUCAAGUUUAAUAGAACACUGCAUUUCUUGGGUUUACAUUUCCGGCGAUGUUUUUUUGAUAAUUUCGUCGACGAAUGACAGCCAUGGCGGGAUUCAGCAUCCAAGCCUCAAUUCACCUUCAACCUAGAGUUCUUUCAAUAUCCUGGGUGAAGAAAAGCGGCGUUUUUGCUUGUUUGAAAGCCAGAGUGUAUAGCUCGUCGGGUCCUAUUCGGUACAUUCCAAAAGGGUCUUCAAAUGAUGAGAAAUCAAGAACACAUUUGACACCGGAAAUUGUGAAUGGAAACGAUUUCAGUAGUGGGCUGGAUGUUAAUGCAUGGAGGAUUGAGGUUAAACCUAGUGCAGUACCGAGAAGUAAUUUUAAUGAUACAUUGCGUGAUCAAAAUCAGUAUGAGAAGAAGAACUACUCUGCUGGUGGAAGCAUGCUAGGACUCGGAGAUGACUUUGAUGAUGAUUUGGGCCAUUUUGAUGAGCUCUUGGAAGAGCCUGAGGGAGUAGAUGAGGAGUUAAAUAUUUAUGACAAGAAAUGUUAUGAUGGAAACAAUGUGGGGGGAAAUCAAAGUAAGCAAGAUGCUGAGAAAUUGGCAAUUGAAUUACUUGCAAUAAGAUCCUUCACUGCAGUUGAGCUGAGGAAGAAAUUAGGCAAGAAGUUCUCACCGGACGCAGUGGAAGCAGUAAUCAAUGAUUUCAAGAUCAGGGGGUUGAUCAACGAUGGGUUGUAUGCUGAAGCAUUUUCUCAUUCGAGGUGGUCUUCCUCCAGUUGGGGACCUAGGAAGAUCAAGCAGGCACUUGUAACUAAGGGAAUAGGAGGCGAAGUUGCUCAGAAAGCAAUUAAACUUGUUUUUGAAGAUGAUAAAGAAUCAGGUGAAGGAAUGAAGGUAGCAUUGUCAAAGGUUUCAAUGGAUCGUUUAUUUGUUGAAGCUUCAAAACAGUGGAUGCGAGGCCAGGAUGCACCGAGAGAGACUAGAAAAUCAAGAAUAGUUAGGUGGCUUCAAUACCGGGGUUUUGACUGGGAUGUUACUAAAACCAUUCUAAAGAAGUUACAAACUAAGUACCCUCCUUAGCAUUUGAAUGAAAAAUUUCAAGGAUUUGGAGGCUUUUUGACCUUCAUCUGUUUGGGAAAGUAUUGGUUUGGAUUUUGGUUUCUGUAUCAUGGGUGCAAGGAGAAAUGGCGGAAACUAAAUCUUUUCACUUCCUGAAUAUAUGCAAAUGGGUGCUAAGAGAACAGUCAAAUAGGGGAAAGUAGAAGGAGAAUUACAGUUGCAAAAAUGGGACGUUUGAGAUCUGAUUUUCCCUAUGGUGAAUUGUUCUUCCGGUACAAUUACUCAAAAAUGGGUUUUCUUCUUCUUCUUCUUCUUCUCUCUUUCUCUCUUCUUAACAGAAAGAUUGAAUGAAUGAAAUUUGGUAACAAAAAAUACAAACCAUCACAAGCAGUAUGUUUUGUAGCCUUUUUAAACAGUUCUAUAUUGUUUUAUAAGUUUGUCAAAUACGUGUUUGAUAUAUAGUUUGGAUUUUAUCUCUGAGAAAGAUGUUUUCAAAUUC